AUGGAAGCCGUGACUUCGUUUCAGCGGGGCCUGCCGCCCGACGUGCAUGUAUUUCUUGCCCAAAGCCCUCCUGUCCUAGCCGUCCAUGUGCCCGCGCAACAGCACUCGAUCUUUCUCGUCAAGAUGGCGUUUGCAUCGCUGCAUGCGAUCGUCGACCCAUGGUACCGCGAAUACGGCACGACCCGACUGUCGAAGAUGAUUGCGUGUGCGCCCCAGUUGCUUGAAAUAUUUCUUGCGGACGCCAUUUACUUUGGAGAAGUGUCGGUCGUCACGCUCUUGCUCCGCUUCGCCAAGACGACCCCGCUUCCGCUGGACGAGGUCGCACUCACGAUGGCUGUCACGAAUGGCCAAGUGGAAAUGUUCCAGAUGCUGCAGCAGCACGGGUACACCACGUGCUCGCACGACGCCUGGACGUGGGCGUCCCAUGGCGGCCACCUGCACAUGGUACAAUACUUGCACGAGCGUUGCCUCGAACGGGGGUCGGCUACAGCGAUGGACAUGGCUGCACGGAAUGGCCAUCUGGAUGUCGUGCAAUGGCUGGAUGCAUUUCGCUCGGAGGGGGCAUCUGUCCGUGCGAUGGAUCUUGCUGCAGCGCAAGGCCAGCUACACAUACUCGAAUGGCUUCAGCAUCACCGAUCCGAAGGGUGUUCGAAGCUCGCAAUGGACUUGGCAGCACGGAAUGGCCACUUGGAUGUGUUGAAGUGGCUCCAUGUGCAUACGGACGAGGGCUGCUCGACGGGAGCGAUGAAUGGCGCUGCUGGAUUCGGUCGGUUGGCCGUGCUGAAGUGGCUCCGUACGAAUCGAGACGAAGGCUGCACAACGAAAGCAAUUCGAGCAGCCGCCAAGUAUGGUCACUUGAAAGUGGUCAAAUGGCUGCACCGCGUAAUGGGCCCCAAGUGCACGACAAAAGCGCUCGCGUUGGCCAAGAGCGGCGACCACUGGGACGUGGCCGCGUAUGUUCAACGCAACUUGUACCACAACACUGCGGGGAGAUGGUGA